UCUAACAUGCAUUUCGUCACUACUUUGUCGGUGAGCUUGCUCGCCGCUAUUGCAACAGCUCGCCCCAGCCCGCGCGCGCCUGACCAGCCCCCAGUUUUCGCGCAUUACAUGAUCGGCGAGAUCUUCGACGAUCACACGGAACAAGACAUUUCAGACGCGAAGGCUUUGGGCAUCGAUGCCUUCGCCUUGAACAUCAAUAAUAUCAAGGAUUCGUGGUCGGUCAACACCGUCGACCGCCUGUUCAAGCACGCUGAUGCGAAAGGCUUUGGACUUUUCUUCUCCUUUGACAUGGCCAAGGACGCGGGAUACUUCACCGCCCCUGAUCAGUUCCAGGACUACUUGAAGAAUUUUCUCAAGCGAAAAUCCUACUACAAGUAUGGAGGCAAAAACCUAGUCUCCACCUUUGGUGGUGAGGAAGUCAGUGCCACCCAAUGGAUCAAGUUCAAGGAGAACGUGGGCAACUCGAUUGUUGUCCCCGGAUACUACCAAUCCGAACAAGCAGAUGGCAAGGUAUUUGAGAAGAACAACGGUCUUGACGGCAUUUUCAACUGGAACUCUUGGCCCGAGGCCGGAUCCAAGACCAAGGUCUCGGCCGCUGGAGACAAGACCUUCAAGAGCGCCGCCACCAACGGCAAACUCUUCAUGAUGGGCAUGUCUCCCCUUCAGUUCAAACACAUGGACAAUCAGGAAAACCGCUACCGCCGCGGCGAAGAUAACCUCGAGCUACGCAUCGAGCAAGUCCUCGACGUCCAGCCCCAAAUGCUCGAGCUCCAAACCUGGAAUGACGGUGGCGAGGGCCACUACAUGGGCAAGCUGUGGCCAGAACCCAUGACCGACGCUGCUGCCAUCAAGAAAUACGUCGACGGCUACGACCAUACCGGCUACUGGCAAAUCCUCCCCUCCUUCAUCCAAGCCUACAAGCGCGGCGACAAGGACACCAAGAACAUGGUCCCCACCAACGGCAAGAGCGUCCAAGGAACCUUCUGGCACCACACCCUCACCGUCGGCGGCAACUGCGGCAGCGACCCCAUCAAGAAACCCUCGACUGCUUCCGCUGCUGAAGACGCCGUCACCGGCGUUAUCCUCGUCGCAAAGGGCAAGUCUGGCUUGACUGUCGUCGUCAAGAACGGCGACAAGGAGCUCGGCAAGCAGGGUCUCAAGGAGGGCUUCAACAGGUUCAAAUUCACCGGCUUGGGCGCUGGCAAAGUCCAGGUUGAGGUUUGGGAGGGAUCUACCAUGGUUUCUGGAGGUUACGGACCCAAGGAGGUCAAGACCUCUGACUCGGUUUGCAACUACAACUUCCAGGUUGUUGCUAUGGGUGCUUAG